AUCUGAUCGGUCCGAUCCAAAGGUGGAGAUAACUAGCCCGGGGGGCUGUGACCCUUGGGAGGCCCCUCUUCCCCCAGGAACAGUUACAAGGGUCCAUUAUGACACCAUCCUUUAACUGCACAAUCAGGUAUUAAUUUUACAUACAUGGGUCAUCAACCGGGCUUGUACCCAGAUUGAAAAGGGGAUGGAAUUUUCAUGGAAAUCGUGGUCAGUGGAAGAUUGAAGACCAGACCCUGUGGUCACCUGGUUCCCAGCCCAGUGCACCUUCCACAAGGCUGCAGGGUACAUCGAGGGUGACCUGUCUCCCCUCUCCACCGAGACAGACAAGCUACGAGGUACAUGAUGCUUGGCCAGGGCUGACAGUCCCUGGGUUUCCAGGAUUUUGCAAAGCCCUCUGCUUACUUUGACCGCAGUAGACUUCGCCUGCAGAUUAGAGACAGCGUGUGGUGCACGCAGGAAGAUGCAAGACAUUGUCAACUUCCUGUAGCUGGAGCCACCAGCUGAGUUCCUUAUUUGGGGCUUGGUGGAGCUGGAUACCGGAGUGUUGGAGGUAGCGCUGAGGGGCCCCUCGCUGCUCCUAUCAUGGCUUCUGCUCUCAUGAUCUUCUUCCUUGGCUGCUGGCUGGCCGGAGAGAGCAGGAUGUCCAGACGUACCUGAGCUGGAACUCGGAGCAGCAAACAGAUGGGGCAAGAGGAUGACUCAAGCUGCAACAACCGUCCUAAGAAAUUUCCCUUCAACCUCCGGCCGUACAGAGGCUGCAAUCAGAGCAGCCGUGAAGAGCUCAGAUACCCCAAAUCCAACAUCUCCCUGCGCCCCAGUGGAGGGGUUGCCCAAGGAGAAGCCGUGACCGUCUGGUGUGUGUGUCAGUGUCUGGGAGUGAGGUUCCUUCUGAGGAAAGGUGGAGCCAUGGCUGCACAUCGUACCACAGCCCCUGCUGUGGACGUGGUUGAGUUUCCCAUCUGCAACGUGCGCCGAGGAGACGCAGGGAGCUACUGCUGCCGAUAUCGCACCAAGUGGGACCCGCUCAUCAGCUCAGAGCCCAGCGACCCCAUGGAGCUGGCAGUCCCACAGGGGGAACCGACCCAACUUAGCUGGGAACAGUGCCGACUUCCACCCGCCCAGGCAGUGCAGGGCCAGGUACACGGACUGGGGGCAGGAAAUCACAAUCAACACCCCCCCGAAACAGGGGAAUCAGAACCAAGCCCAGCACCAGGUCUGACCUGCCCCAUCAUCGCCGGGACGAGCGCAGCGGCCACUGGCCUCCUCUUCCUCCUCCUCCUCCUGGCCUUCCUCUGCUACAGAAGAAACCCAGGGGGGAAAGGACCAGCCCCGAGACAGAGCAGAUGCCCAAAUCGGUGAAGGGAAGCAGCUGGAUGUCCUGACGCAGGAGCGCAACCCUGACGCCGAGGGACCCACCUACAUGGAGCUGGACCACGAGGUGCUGCAGGGCAAGUGGAGGGGCCUGGCCCCUGCCCCUGAGCCUGUGCUGUACGCCGCCAUCAACGUGAGCCAGGGGCCCCACGGGCAGAGCCCCUGUGGUGCAGGGGCGCCCCCCACCCACCUGCAUAGUGUGAACCGAGGGGGAGUCAGUGGAGUGGCGGGGCAGGGAGCAUCGGCCACCAGGGAGUGACACAGAGAUUCCCCCCAGAGAAUGGGCUCAGCUUAUAUCCCCCCAGUAGCCCUCCCUCCAGCUGGUGCCGCCUCACCCAGCCCCAUGGGUGGGGAGCCAGGGGGGCUCAGCACCAGGCGGGGGAGGGGACGUGCCGAUGCAGCUGUUUGUAUUAUUUUGCAUCCUGUUAAUCUCCAGAUUUGUAAUAAACACAGAACUACAAACCAG